CUCUCUCUCUCUCUCUCUCUCUCUCUCCCUGUCUCUCCUCCGCCGCCACCGCCACCGCCGCGGCGCCAUGGCCAGCGUCGCCUCCACCGUGUUCUGCUCCAUGCUCCACUACCGCACUAGGGCGCCGCGCCCGUCCCUCCGACCACCAUCGCACCCCGGCCCCGCCAGGCCGCCCGGCCGCCGCUCGGUGGUGAGGUGCCUACCGCAACGGGGGCCGGAGAAGCUCGCGGCCCGGGGCCGCGGGGCGUCGGAUUCGGAUGACGAGAAGGGGCCCGAGCCGGCCAGCCGCCGGGGCCGGGGAGGAAGCGCCUGGCCGUUGGACGCGUCGUGCGGGUACGCAUUCGCGGCGGUGGCAGGGGUGCUCAUGCUCCAGGGGACGCAGCAGGCUCUGGCCGGCACGCAGUUCGCGGGGCUGCAGCCGGCGGACGUGCUGGGGGAUCUCGGUGACAUCAGCACAGGUUUUGCAUCAGCUUUUCUGUUGAUCUUCUUUUCGGAGCUAGGGGACAGAACAUUUUUCAUCGCGGCACUUUUAGCAGCUAGAAAUUCUGGAGGAGUCAUUUUUCUUGGCACAUUUGGAGCUCUUGCGGUAAUGACAAUUGUAUCUGUAGUUCUUGGACGAGCAUUUCACUAUGUUGAUGGCAUCAUUCCAUUCAGCUUUGGUGGUACAGAUUUUCCCGUUGAUGACUUUCUUGCUGUCUGUCUCUUGGUUUAUUAUGGAGUUACUACAUUGAUUGAUGCAGCUUCAGGAGAUGAAGAAAAGAUGAACGAGGAGCAAGAGGAGGCUGAGUUAGCAGUUUCAAAAUUUUCGGGAAAUGGUGCAGGGAUCAUGUCUGCUGCCAGUACUGUUGCUAGCACAUUUGUUUUGGUUUUUAUCGCUGAAUGGGGCGAUAAAUCAUUUUUCUCUACCAUUGCACUUGCUGCGGCUUCAUCUCCUCUGGGUGUCAUUGCGGGAUCGCUUGCUGGUCACGCUGUUGCAACGUUGAUUGCAGUUCUUGGUGGGUCUUUGCUAGGGACUUUCCUGUCUGAAAAGAUUAUAGCAUAUAUUGGAGGAAGCCUCUUUUUAGCAUUUGCUGCCGUGACGCUAGCUGAGAUCGUGAGUUCGUAACAUGACAAGGAGUUUUAAGAUUUGUCAACAAAUUACUGGACAGUAGUUGUCCAAUGAACACAGCAUUUAGUUACAGGUUGCGCUUCUGGCAUAUCGUCGAAACAGUAUCCAUUUUGAUCGUCCUAGUGAUGCACUAAUCAACUGUCGAUCUUGAUUGUAAACAUGAGCUUCAUUCAUGGAGGCACAAAUGGGCCGCAUCAGAUGAUGCGCUGAUCUGAUCAGAACUGUACUUCCAUACUCAUGGCAUUACUUUACCAACAUGAUUGGUUAUCAAAUUCAGAAGGCAGAUCAUGUCGGACGUCAGGUGGAUGUGAGAUUACCAGAAAAAAAACAUUUGAUUUCUUUCCAGA